AUUGUCGCCUCACCUUGUCAGAAGUCAAAAUGUCAGAUUUUUUCAUUUUUUCGCGCGUAUGUUAUGUUAUGAAUCUGAUUGAUGAUCUGAAGCUGAAGAUUUAUCAAUUUAACGUUUCUAUUUGAAACCUAUUUGAUUCAUUUCUCCAAGCAUAGACAACUAUAGAGCAAGCUGUCUCCAAGUUGAAAUAAACUUCAUACAAUAUGAAAUGAUAUCUGCUUCUUGCACUUGCAGGUCGCCAUCUUAUAAAAUAUCUGUAGUAUCUGCACAAAGAAUUUUUUGAAAAGGAAAAGAUGACGGUAAAUAAUUGGAAUUUGAAAAACGUUGCAAAUGAAGUGGUUAUUAUCAUAAAUAAAUCCGUAUUCAAAGUUGGUCGAAAUACUCAAGCUGACUUGAUCACAGAUCAUAGGGAAGUUUCCAGGAACCAUGCAACACUAUCAGUUCUAAUUGAUGGGCUUUUGUAUGUUACAGACAACAAAAGUAGCAAUGGGACGUUCAUCAAUGGGGAGAAAAUCAAGCCCAUGGAGUUGAAACAGCUGAAACAUGGGGAUGUAGUAGGAUUUGGGUGGCACCAAGAUAUGAGUGAGGAACUGAAUUUUCAAACUCCUCCUCUUGUUUUCAAAGUUGCCCAAGAGUUAUCUUUGCCCACAUUGGAAAUUUCCCUAGUGUCUACCACAAAUGAGUCUCCCAUAGUAGUGUCAUCUGAGGCUAUCGAAGAUAAUGAUUGUGUCAUUGUACCAGUGUCAGAAUCUUUGGGGGAUGUUCAAGCAAGUUGUUCCCCCACCGUUGAUGAUUGUGUCAUUAUACCUCCUUCAACAAAAGUCCUUAAAGAAACGGUUGAUGAGAAAUCGCCGGUCUCCUCCACAAAAUCGUUGAACGACCACUUUGACACCACCAAAAGAGGACGUGCAGAAAAAUCACAAUUUUCCCAGAACAAUGAUUCCAUCAUAGAAAAUUGUGUAGUUCUAUCUUCAGACGAUGAGGAUGAGCCAUUCGGAAGCAGCCAAAUAUUCGCCAUUUCUAAGCAGAUCAAACAAGAGCAGACUUCCUUCCAGGACAGUGUUGAUCCAUACUCUGAGAUUAAACAUGAAUUGGAGGACUUGGACUUCUGUGAUGAUCGUCAAGUUAUAGUCGACGUUACCGAUGAUAUAGAUCAUUUUGAAAGUACAGCAGAUCUACUGAAUAUUCUGGAAACGAAACAGCAUGAAAAAGUAUCUGAGAGUAUAAGCAGAGGACAUGAAACAGUAAGAGACCAACCAGAAUCAAAAGGGCAACAUAAGUACGUUAAACCGCCUAUAAUAGCAGCGCCUCAUUUUGAUAAGAAAUCUAGCAGUAAAGUGAAGAAGGAAUCGCCUGCUAAAAUACCUAAAAAACGAAAAUCUACGUCCAAACAGGAAGAACAAGAAAUCAACAAGAAACCAAAAACGGACAGCAAAUCUAAAAAAGAAUUAGCCGAGGAGCGCAAGAAGCGUUUGAAAGAACUAGCAACAAAGACUAAUCCAAUGGUGAAAGACAACAAAGCAAAGUUGAAAUCAAAGCCAGCAGUUCCAUCCAGAAACGAAAAUCCGAAAACCACCGUCAUAAAAAAGACAUCUCCAUCGAAAACCGUAAAAGCAUCGACGAAAAUAAUGACAGCAGACACCUCAAAAAACGAACCCACCAAAAGCGCCGCGAAAAUAAAGACGUCAGACAGCCGCGGCAAAUUCCUCCUGCAUGAGAUCGACGUACCCCCAACGUUGCCGCGCAGUGCUAGAGACCCCAGAUCUAGGUAUAAAACUAAUUCCCUUACAGACAAAGAAAAGCUCGCCAGCAAAACGUCCCAGAACUCCAUCCAAGACACUACCGUUUCGAGCAACUUGAGCCCCAGCAGCGACGAGGUAAACCCGGCGUGGCAAGAAACCGGCAUCGCGCCCCGCCCGGACUCGACCGAGGACAGGUCCGGCUUGAUCUGGAAACUGGGAGCCUUCCGACAGCCCGCUAAACUUCGUCAUGUUUCCAGGAGCGUUGACGACCUCAACGAGGACAUUUGCGCGGUGGUUGGCUGGUCGGUGAAGUGGCUUUUAGAGCAGGGGGGCAUGGACGUGAGUCCGCCCGUGAACGGCAACAGGCCCUUGAUGCGGGUGCCCUUGUCGUUCAGGGGGUUCGCCGAGUACGAGGCGCUCAUGAAUCCGCUAAUCAAGCUGGAGUUGUUGCCGAUUAAAGCACGUAUAGUACAUGAAAGAAAAGUUCAUCCAGUAUGCUGCCUAGAUUGUGAACUAUUCUUGAGCGAUGCUGAGAAUAGAGCGAAUCCAUUCAGACCAGAAGACCUUUCCUUGAUUGAAAUUAGAUUGAAAGACUCUUCCAACUGGUACCAAUAUACUAGCUAUGGGUACUUGAAAAGUGUUCAGAGAAACACAACAAGAGAUGGACAUCAUGUGAAAUUAACUAUAGUUACAAAACAUUAUUCCGAAGAAUUGUUUGGUACCAGAAUGUUCAUAAAAAUUAUAGCAAACAUAGGCAGUUAUCUCAGACUGAUAAAAACUAUUAGGUAUCUGGAAUUGUCGCCGCUAUGUAAAUAUGUUUUGAAACCAGAUAAUUUGGAACCCAUUUUACCAACAACAAAAUCAAUUACAAAUUUGAUGCCCAUAAACUUGAACCAAAUGCAGCACGAAAUUGUUGCUGAUGCAUCUGAAGUAUGUCUCAAAGAUGGUCCCGGAAUAUAUCUAAUCAAAGGACCACCUGGAACUGAUUCAAUAAGAAAACAUCUGAAAUUAGUGCGGAUUGGUCCAGACUCAAGCAUCAGCCAAAACGUGAACAAGUUCAAACUAGACGUCCUGGCUCGCAACAACAUAAUAUCGUGUAAUGGUCUGUCUUCCUUGCUCGCAUACAAAGAAUCUGUGGAAAAGGGCCAGGACAGCGAUAAAUUCUUGAGACAACAUUUAGGCCAAGAUUAUGCGUACCAAAUGAGAGUCGCCGAAGAUACUCUCUUGAUGAAGUCUAAUAUCAUUUGUACGACUUUAAAUAGUUGUGUGAGUCAUCGAAUUUUGCAGGCCACUAGAAGGGCUCCUAUGAAAUUUACGUGCUGUAUAGUUGACGAAGCUACUCAAUGCAAUGAGCUGGAAUCUCUAUUGCCUAUUCAAUUGGGAGUACAGAAGUUUGUUCUUGUAGGAGAUCCUAAACAGUUGCCAGCUGUGGUAUGUAACAAGGAAGCUCACAGGCUGGGCUUCGGGCAGUCCCUGUUCUACAGGAUCCAAGACAACUUCAUGAACAAGUCCUACUCUCCCGUCAAGAUGCUCUACGAGCAGUACAGAAUGAAACCGGAGAUUUGCGAGUACCCGAACAAAGCCUUCUACGAGGGCAGGCUGAAGUCGGUGCCCAAAUGCUCAAACCCCAUCGAACCCGCCAUCAAACCAUAUCUUGUCUUCAAUCUGACCAAGUUCAGCGACGACAGAUCGGAUUACGUGAACACCGAUGAAGUGUUCCUCAUCAAGAAAUUGUUGGAGACUCUGUUAUCCUGCGUGAAGCCUUCUUGCGCAUACAGUAUCGGCAUCAUAACCCCUUACCGGGCGCAAAAGGAUCUGAUCACUCAGAACAAUAAGCAGAAAGAUGUUUCCAUAACGGUCAACACAGUCGAUAGCUUUCAAGGAAUGGAAAACGACGUGAUAAUAAUAUCUUCUGUGAGAAACAAGAAUAACAAUUUUCUACAGAAUGAACAGAGACUGAACGUGGCCCUGACAAGAGCUAAGCAGGCCUUAUAUGUUAUAGGCAAUUACGCUUUAUUCAAGCACUGCAAACCAUUGUAUGAUCUUCGAGAAGAUGCCAAAAGAAGGAAGCUGCUCCUUGACAUCAAAGAAGAUCCAAGGAACAUUCCUAAUUUGGAUAGAUAUAUACUGAAGAACCCUGCACCAUAUUAUGGCCAUUAAUAAUGAAGGUUGUAAGAUUCAACGUAGUGUAUGAUAAGUUUUUCAAUAGAGUUCCUAAAUGUAGUUGAAACUGGCUGUUUUGACGUUUUUGUGUACAGACAUUCGACAAGCAGUGACAGUGAGACAACCAAAAACGAUUUUGAAGUAGAUCAUAAUAUGUUUUGUCUGUCAGACACGGACGAGAAUACAAUUUUCACUUAGAUAAAGCCUUCACGCAUCUUCCUUCCUCUACAUGUUCAGGGAAGAGUAAUACAUUCAUUUAUCUUUCUUUUCUUUUCGUUCUUAAAUGAGAGUGCAAAGCGUCUCUUUAAGUGGGGAAAAGGGUACGAUAAAUUAAUUAGAAAACAAUUUCUUCUUGAAAUAUGUAAUGAUAAGUGAAUCGAAUUCCAGAGUUGGUUCCCAACUUUAGCGAUAUAAAAAUUUUACAAAAAAAAAGAUUGUAGGACCUCGCUGGACGCCGAUGGCAAGUUGGUAUGUAUAAAAAAGCGUACAAGUGUUAGAGAGAGAAAUGAACGUCAUCAUAUUGGCGUAAAACGGGCUAUCGGGAAUGAUUGCUUACCAAAUGUUGACAGUUGUUUUGGUUGUCAAAAAUACAAAGUAUUGGCUGAGCCAGUUUUACACAACUAGAACUAGAAUGACGUUAACCCCUCUUUUCAGUCUCUUUAAUACUUGUACGAUUUUUAUUGAUUACAACUGUACAUAUAUACCAACGAAGUACAUAAUUAUACAAUAUUUGUUUCUACUACUGCUAUGAAAAGUAGCGCAUUUCUCAUAGCUCACCUAGUUUCAAAAUCAUGUAUUGCUCAUACUGGCACUUUGCCAACACCACAUACAUUUCCAUGUAGAUUCAACAAAAAUCGACUAAAACGACCAGUUGGCUGCUGUUCAGCUUUGAAUAGUUGUCACAACUGUCAGAAGAGGUUUUUUAAAUUCUUUAGGGUAGUUAUCAUUAGUGCUUUCGAUAGAAAUCGCAGUUUCCAUCAAAUAUUAUUCCAACAAUUCAUAAUAAAUAAUAUGAUGUAUAUACCGAGAUGUGACGAUUUUGAUAAAUACACCGCCAGAGGCAUGGGUAAUGGAAAAAGCUGCGAAAGUUGGAUUACUUGGAUUCUUUGGAUAAGUGCAGUUUUAGAAAAAGUAUAGUGUGUAUAUA